AUGCCACCAAAGAAGAAGCAAAAGCUCGAAAGGCUCGAAAAACUUGACAAACCUACUUGCUUACAUACCUGCAACAAGACGUCCUUCACAAAGGCUUUCUUGCCUAAUGAGACCUACCGGCAGCGUCUUCUAGAUUACAUCGCCAUCAUCCAUCAACUCGCUGACCAUGCUUCCCACGCUCUCAAAUUCUACAUCCUAUAUGCACCAACCUUUCCCACGGUAAAUGAAGAUACAAUCGAAGCGAUUCUCUAUCUUCUCAACAAGGGGGAGGCUUGGCAUCCAAGAAAGGAAGCAAAGAAGGCAUGGCGGGAUUGUUUGCUGCCAUAUGUUCAACGGUACUGCCAAAUCAUCGGCUUUGUUCACCCAAAUCUACGAGGCGAGCAGCAAUCAGUCAAUUAUCUGACAGCGAGUAUGAUGACAAAUCUGAAGGUCAACGUCCAGGAACACUUCAUGACGAUGCUGCUCCGGUACAUCAAUCUGCGGCUCGAUGUGAAGGGACAGAAGCAGCGACUGCCACUGAAAAGCGAUGCGCGAAACGCUUUCUUUGCUCGUCUUCGCUACUUGAAGUCAAUUUUCCUUUUUGAUAUCGUGCCCGAGUCGCUUGAUGACUUGACUGCUGAAGAGAGUGAACUUCUAGAAGAGAUUUGGUCCCUUAACAUUCCCCUUUCUGACGACCAGCCACUCGCAUAUUCGGUUGCUGUAGACCCUCUCGCCUUCUUUCCUGCAUACUGCAAACUCUCUGGGCUGUAUGAACGACAUGGCUUCCAUCAGUUCAGCGCGAUACCUCUGCGUCGCUCGCUCAUCCAAAGCCAUGUGCGGAUCGACACCAUCAUCCUCUACUCUCACCUUCUUUGCAUCACACGACGAGAAGCGGAAACUGUCGAAAAGGUCGAUUUAUGGUUGCGCGUGUGCAACCUGCGGAACAAGGCUUUUCGGUCUCGCCGCGGUAUGCAGUUUGAAGGCUCGGUCACGACGGAUGGAACCUCGGUGUCUGUAUACCUAAAGCACCCAGAAGCUGACAAGUAUGGAAAGCGCAGCGGAGGGAAAAAGUCAGCAAACACGACGGAGGCAGAGGUUAAAGCACAAUAUGUGGAGAAAAACUUACCUGCUUGUCGAGCAGCAGAGAAUGUUGUUGUUAUCGACCCAAACAAGCGCGACAUUCUCUACUGCCAAGACAGCAAUGGUACAAUGUUCCGUUACACCGCCAACCAGCGAGCCGUGGAGACUGGAAGCCGUCGAUUUGCAAAAGAACGGCAGCAGAUGAAGAAGGAAGCGGGAAUGGACCUCAUAGAAUCACGUAUCCCUAGUCACAAGACAAUGAACCUCAUGGACUUCAUGCGCUAUCUCCUUGUUCGGCGCGCUGAUUGGGAUCGUCGCAAGGAAUUCUACUCCACCCUGCCCACACGCGAUGGAAAUGGCACUCCUUCAUCAAUCGGCAGCGAAGCGAAUCAGACCUCAUAUCCAACAUGCGCAACAAGUUUGGGAACUUUACCGUUGUGA